AUGGCUAUAUUAGAUUCCGGUGCUGAUUGUAAUGUUAUAAGUAAGAGCUUAGUAGAUGAGUUAGGUUUGAAAAUCAAUAAUGCUCAUAUAGAAUCUGAAAAACCACCACAUAUAUUAACUACAGGAGAUAGGCUACCAAUAAUAGGGAUGCUCCAUGAAAUAAAUCACUCUUUUCAAUCCAAAGAUAAUGAAUCAAAGCAAGUAAAAGUUACUGAUGUUUUCAUUACCAAUGAUCCUGAACUUGAAUCUGUACUGAUAUUGAGUCAGCCAUGGUUCCAGGAAAAUGCAAUGAAAGUGGACUUCCCAAAUAAAACUCUUACGUUGCUCAAUAGAACUAGUUAUUGUCUUGUCGAAGGAAGAAUCCCAGUAAAAGCGUUAAUUGAUACAUCGUCGAAGUUUAAUACCAUUAGCAAGAGCUUGUUCGAUAAGCUUGGAACCGAUCAUGGAAUAAGACCAACCUGUGGUCCCGUUAAAAACCUCUAUAAAGAUGCAAUAGGUGAGAUUCGUUGUUUGGAUUUACAAUUCCGGUAUAAAGAGACACACCAUAGCUUAGAUGGUACCGAUACAAUAGACUUCGAGAUUCGCAAAAAUCCACCAUUCGAUCUGGUAUUGGGUCAAGGUUGGUUAUGGGUGCAUGAAGUAAAAAUUAUCUUUGGGUUUUCUCCCAGAACCUAUGAACAUCAUGGUAAAAUUGUAAUAGAUGGUAUGAGUAUCCCAUUAACCCACGAAGAUUUUAAUAAAGCCAGCUCUAGUAAAAAUAACCCACAUAAGUCCGAUUUAUCAAUAGAGGAGAUCACGAAUAUGAUUAAGAAAAUUCUUUCAGAUGUUGAAGAUAAUAAAGAUAAGCAUUCUGGAUUCAAUGUUCCUAGUUUUUGA